AUGCCUGGCGUUUCUCCUACACCGAACGGCGCUUCUGCCGCCUCGCCUGCCGCUCCUCCCGCCGCCGCCAACUCCCCCUCUUCGACUCCUGAGCGAUGCGCCAACAAGUGCGGCCAGCCGGCUAGCAAGCUCGAGUGCCCAAAGUGUCAAGCACUCGGCAUUGCGGGCCAGUUCUUCUGCGGCCAGAAGUGCUUCGCUGCGAAUUACCCUAAGCAUGUCAAGGCGAUGCACAAGCCGCCUCCGAAGGUCGAGGUCAAGUAUGACUACCCGGAAGGAACGAAGGACGCCUUCGACCGCUUGUACGAGUACACAGGCAAUUUGCGGGCCGUGAUGCCGCUCGAGGAGGUCCCGAAGCGUGAAGUGCCGGAGCACAUUCCUCGGCCGGACUAUGCGAACAACGUGCAAGGCCGCUCGUUCUCGGAGGAGAUUGCGAUGCUGAAUGAGCGUCAGGGACGAGUGCUGAAUGCGGAGGAGAUUGAGUCCAUGCGGAAGGUUUGCAAGCUCGGCCGCGAAGUGCUCGACAUCGCCGGCGCAGCUAUUAAGCCUGGUAUGACGACGCUGGAUAUCGACCGCAUCGUUCACGAGGAGACGAUCAAGCGGGAUGCGUACCCGAGUCCGCUAGGCUACCGUUUGUUCCCUCGCUCUGUCUGUACAUCCGUCAAUGAGGUCAUCUGCCACGGCAUCCCCGACGCGCGACCGCUCGAGGACGGCGAUAUCAUCAACCUCGACGUCUCGCUCUACUACGGCGGCUUCCACUCAGACCUGAACGCUACCUACCCGGUCGGCCCCUCCGUUUCGCAACAAAACCUCGACCUGAUCGCCUGCUCCCGCGAAUGUCUCGACGAAGCGAUCCGCAUCUGCAAGCCCGGCACGCAGUUCCAGGACGUUGGAAGGGUCAUUGAGGAGGUCGCGACUGCUAGGGGGUUCUCGACGAACAAGACUUUCGUUGGGCAUGGGGUCAACCAACUCUUCCACGCGCCUGCACCAAACGUGCCGCACUACGCCGGCAGUCGAGCGUCGGGCACGAUGCGCGUAGGACAGACUUUCACCAUCGAACCCAUGAUCUGCGUCGGUUCCGCACGCGACACGCACUGGCCCGACAAUUGGACCGCCGUCACCCGCGACGGCAAAGCGUCCGCCCAGUUCGAGGAGACACUCCUCAUCACUCCUACCGGCGUCGAAGUCCUCACGGCUGCGCCAGGCUGGACACUGCCGGAGAAGAAGCUCGUUGCGACGCAGAACGGUGGGCAGGCGAAGAAGGCGAAGCGGUGA